GGAGAGGGCGUGGCCGGCGGCGUUGGGGUGUCUCACGCUGGUGACAGCUCGCGCGUGCGAUGAUGGCGGUCCUGCCCUGUGGAUACGGAAGCACGUGCUGUGCCCAUCCGAGCAGCGUCACCGCGCGCCCGUCCUUGCUGAGCUGGUCAGUGGUCCUGGAAUUUGUGAGAGAAUGAACACAGUCCAAGUGAGAGCUGCAGCCAGUCUUGGAGCUGCUUUGGAGGGACAUUGGAGUGGUUCGGGCACUGCAGAGUCACCGCGUUGGGAUUGAUUCUGAAGUGGCCGCUUGUGCUUUAAUCUGAAGUAGAGGAGAGUUGAAGAAUAAAAGGCCUUUGUGGGCUUUGAAGCUGCGCUUCCUUAGGAUGAAGACUUAAGUAGUAAUUAAAUUCUCGAAGAACCGCCAAGACUCCUUUGAAUGAAAUGGGGAUGUUCCAGGCUCUGAGCAUUGCGUUGCAGAGGAAGGAAUGUUUCAACGUGACUCAGUCAAAGCAGCGAAGACUUUUGUAAGAGAUGGAUAGAUGCAAACAUGUUGGGCGGCUACGACUCGCCCAGGACCAUUCUAUCCUGAACCCACAGAAGUGGCACUGCGUGGACUGCCAGACAACUGAAUCAAUCUGGGCUUGUCUGAAAUGCUCCCAUGUAGCCUGUGGGAGGUACAUGGAGGAGCAUGCACUAAAACACUUUGAAGAAACCAGACAUCCAUUGGCAAUGGAAGUGAACGAUCUGUAUGUAUUUUGUUACCUUUGUGAAGAUUAUGUCUUGAAUGAUAACCCGGAGGGUGACUUGAAAUUGCUGAGAAGUUCCCUGUCAGCGAUUAAAAGUCAAAAACAUGAUCCAUCAACGAGAAGCGGGAGGACGCUGCGAUCCAUGACUUUGGGAGAGGACGUGUGCAGCCAUCAGAGGAGCCCUCAGGGACAAUCUCAGAUGCUUACAGCUCUCUGGCACAGGCGCCAGUCUUUGCUUGCCAAGGCACUGCGGACCUGGUUUGGUAAGAGCUCCAGAGGCCAGCUGAAGUUACAGCAAAAGAAGCAGAUGGAGGAGUUGGAGAAGAAGAAGGAGGCGGCGAGGCGGCGACGGCAGGAGAUGAAGAGACAGCUUCUGGAGGAGCUGGCAAACACUCCUCCGAGGAAGAGUGCGAGGCUGCUGUCGCACGUGCACAGAGAGAACUUGAUUCCAAGGAAAUUCAGGGAGGUGGCGACCGCUUCCCCUACCUCAAGGCAGAUGCAGAGCAGCAGAUUGAAUCAGUUUUAUUCCAUCCGGCGUAAGCAUCUGAUGACUCCCGGGGUGACGGGUCUGAGGAACCUGGGAAACACAUGUUACAUGAACUCUAUUCUGCAAGUGCUGAGCCACCUCCAGAAAUUUAGAGAAUGUUUUUUGACACUUGAUCUCUGUGAAACGGAAGAACUCUUGGCCAAAACUGUGAACGGGAAGUCUAGGUUGCCUGGCAGAUUGGCAAAUGGAUCUGCUGCUAAUGAGUCAGGGAGGACUGACAAAGUGGGAUCAUACGGCACGCAGAGCUUGCCAGCUGGCUUAAAUGGCAGCUCCUCAAUAAGCAGGAGUUUAGAACUAAUACAACCCAAGGAACCGCGUUCCAAGCACAUCUCCCUCUGUCACGAAUUGCACACCCUCUUCAGAGUGAUGUGGUCUGGCAAGUGGGCCCUUGUGUCCCCGUUUGCCAUGCUGCACUCUGUGUGGAGUCUGAUCCCGGCGUUCCGAGGUUACGAUCAGCAGGACGCUCAGGAAUUCCUAUGCGAGCUGUUGGAUAAAGUGCAGCAGGAGCUGGAGUCGGAAGGAACGAAGCGCAGGAUCCUCAUCCCUUUCUCGCAGAGGAAGCUCACCAAGCAGGUCCUCAAGGUGGUGAACACCAUUUUUCACGGGCAGUUGCUCAGUCAGGUCACCUGUAUAACAUGCAACUACAAAUCCAACACCGUUGAGCCCUUUUGGGAUCUUUCCCUGGAGUUUCCUGAGCGCUAUCACUCUAUUGAGAAGGGGAUUAUCCCUGUUAACCAGGCAGAGUGCAUGCUGACGGAAAUGUUGGCCAAGUUCACAGAAACUGAAGCUCUGGAAGGGAGGAUAUAUGCGUGUGACCAAUGCAACAGCAAACGACGAAAGUCUUCUCCCAAGCCUCUUGUUCUGAGUGAAGCUAAGAAGCAGUUGAUGAUCUACAGACUACCUCAGGUCCUCCGGCUGCACCUUAAAAGAUUCAGGUGGUCUGAACGCAAUCACCGUGAGAAGAUUGGGGUCCAUGUCCUCUUUGACCAGGUACUAAACAUGGAACCUUACUGCUGCAGGGACUCUCUCUCCUCUCUUGACAAAGAGACCUUUGUCUAUGACCUCUCCGCUGUGGUGAUGCAUCAUGGUAAAGGGUUUGGCUCAGGACACUACACAGCAUAUUGCUACAACACAGAGGGAGGUUUUUGGGUCCACUGCAAUGACUCCAAACUGAAUGUAUGCAGCGUGGAGGAGGUGUGCAAAACCCAGGCCUACAUUCUUUUUUACACUCAAAGAACCGUGCAGGACAAAGCAAGAAUCUCAGAAGAACAACUCCAAGCUCAGGUGCUGUCCAAAAAUACUGAUAAAGACAGAAGACUGACAUUCCCAUGAUGGGAAACUAUGAC